GGGGAUCGCGUGAUGUGAGUGUGGCCGGUGCUGUCCCCCAAGAUGGCGGCGUGUGGUCCGUGAGCAGCGGCGGUGCUGGCGCUGAGCGGUGAAGCGAAGGCCUGGCUGCUGGGGAAGGCCCCGCGCCGCUCGCCGCCAAACGUGUUCCCCCCCCCCCCCGGGGCCCUAGGAUGGUAAAAUGACCCAGGGGGGGAAGAAGAAGAAACGGGCCGUGAACCGCAGCAUCAUGCUGGCCAAGAAGAUCAUCAUUAAGGACGGCGGCACGCCUCAAGGAAUAGGUUCGCCUAGUGUCUACCAUGCUGUCAUAGUGAUUUUUUUGGAGUUUUUUGCUUGGGGACUUUUGACAGCACCUACUUUGGUGGUGUUACAUGAAACCUUCCCAAAGCAUACAUUUCUAAUGAAUGGCCUAAUCCAAGGAGUAAAGGGCUUGUUAUCGUUUCUCAGUGCCCCCCUCAUAGGUGCGCUCUCUGAUGUUUGGGGACGAAAGUCCUUCUUACUCUUAACAGUAUUUUUCACUUGUGCACCAAUUCCAUUAAUGAAGAUCAGCCCAUGGUGGUAUUUCGCUGUUAUCUCUGUUUCUGGGGUUUUUGCAGUGACUUUCUCAGUGGUGUUUGCUUAUGUAGCAGAUAUAACCCAAGAACAUGAAAGAAGCAUGGCCUAUGGGCUGGUUUCAGCAACUUUUGCAGCAAGUUUAGUUACCAGCCCAGCUAUUGGUGCCUACCUUGGUCGAGUCUAUGGAAACAGCUUGGUAGUGGUCCUAGCUACAGCUAUAGCUUUGUUGGAUAUUUGUUUUAUUCUUGUUGCUGUACCGGAAUCACUGCCCGAGAAGAUGAGGCCAGCAUCAUGGGGAGCACCCAUUUCUUGGGAACAGGCUGAUCCCUUUGCAUCACUAAAGAAAGUGGGUCAAGAUUCCAUAGUGCUGCUAAUCUGCAUAACGGUCUUUCUUUCCUACCUCCCAGAGGCAGGUCAAUAUUCCAGCUUCUUCCUAUACCUCAGACAGAUAAUGGGAUUUUCACCUGAAAGUGUUGCAGCUUUUAUAGCAGUUCUUGGGAUUCUCUCCAUUAUUGCACAGACAGUAGUUUUGAGUUUACUUAUGCGGUCCAUUGGAAAUAAAAACACCAUCUUACUGGGUCUGGGAUUUCAAAUAUUACAGCUUGCAUGGUAUGGUUUUGGCUCGGAGCCUUGGAUGAUGUGGGCAGCAGGGGCUGUGGCAGCAAUGUCUAGUAUUACGUUCCCAGCAGUAAGUGCACUAGUUUCACGAACUGCUGAUGCUGAUCAACAGGGUGUUGUUCAAGGGAUGAUAACAGGAAUUCGAGGAUUGUGUAAUGGUUUGGGACCAGCACUUUAUGGUUUUAUAUUCUACAUAUUCCAUGUAGAAUUGAAUGAACUCCCAAUGACUGAAACUGAAUUGGGAGGUAACGUGGCCACACAACACCAUUCAGAACAGAACUCCAUAAUUCCUGGACCCCCUUUCUUGUUUGGAGCAUGCUCUGUGCUGCUGGCUUUGCUUGUUGCCUUGUUUAUUCCUGAACACGCCAAUCUAAAUGCACGGUCCAGCAAUUGGAAAAAACACAGUGGCAGUCAUGGUCAUCCACACAGUCCACAGGCCCCUGGCGAGGCCAAAGAACCUUUAUUGCAAGACACAAAUGUAUGACGACAGAAUCCAGAAAAACGUUUUUAUAUUUCAUAGGUCUUGUUUCCAGUUCUGGAUACACAUUCCAUUUACAUAAAAAAUGUAAUUUCUUAACAUUAUCUUAAGAAAUGUAUCUUUCUGCAUGAAAUUUGUAGGAACUACAGACAGGAACUGGAAAUUUCUCCAAAGAUGUUACAAUUAAAUUAACUUUUUAAAAAGAACAAACUAAGCACUGGUCUCAUACUAUUAAUAUAAUUAACCUUUUCAUCCUAGUUCUGAGACAAAAAGGAAAACAUAUUCAAGGUAUCAGCAUGUGUCCCUGUGUCCAUUUCCUUAAGGUGUAAAGCUUUAAUUCUCUUCAUGCUAAGUCUCAAUGAGACAUACUAGCAUAUUUGUGGACCCAUUCAUUUUAUGUUGUAAAAUUUUGGGUCAGAUAGUACAAAGCCUUAAUGUAAAUGCACUCAAGUAAGGAAAAGGUGAAUUGGUUUCAUUUUAAAAUCACUGUAUGGGAGGUUUUAUUUUAAGUUUAUACUAAUACAAAAUCACGUGGUGAGCACACUUGCUGAACAGUAAAAGUUGUGUGUAAGUGCAUUACUUUAAUUCUUCCUAAUUUUUGGAGUACAAGAUAGUAUCAAACAGUAUUUAAAUUAGUGGGUCUUUUGCGCCUACAAGAUUUUAAUAUUGGCUCUAAAACUCUGCUUUCUCAAAUACAGUUUAUACCACUAUUUCUGAUGUUUGCGUAAUCAGAAGGACCUCAAAACUUGAAUACACAAACUGAAAUAUAAGCUGAUAGCCUUGAAAAUGUCAGUGUGCUAUAUAGUGGCCUUUCAAGACUGGCUAGUAACUUUUUACUUUUACAGAGCUAAUGUUUUAGUCCUAAAUUUUCAGGACCCUAGUACAGGAGAGAGAGCUUUAUACAGUUACUGAUGUGAAUUUCUCUAAAAAUGUAUAUUUUUGUGUCCAGUUGUAUUAUUUAAACAAGUAUUCCUUUGUAUAAAUUGUGUAUAAGGUAUAGUUUAAAAUGUUUUCAUCUUGUGGUUACUGCUUACUGGUUUUUUUAACUUUGAACAUUCAUCAUGGUUGACUGAGAGCUGGAAAAUGUGUAAAUAUGUUGUUAAUAAAUGAAUAUUUUAAUGAAUUUUUAAAAUUGUCUUUGAAAUCAGUUCAAACCAUAUAUCUGUAUAUGAAUUCUUUAAUGUCUUAUAGCCUGCUGAACGUACUGUAGCCUUAAUAUUGUUUUCUCACUUGCUGUCAAGUUUUUGGGUUCCUUAGUGCUUUAAAUGUAAUUUGAUUCAACAGAUAAAUACCAAUUGUAGGUAAAUUGUGUGAAUUUUACCCUUUUCAUUCCCACAUACCUGUAAUAGCUUAUUUGUCCUUGUACUGCAAGAUUUUCAUGAAAAGCUUUUGCUUAAUAGUGGUAUUGUAUUAAAUCAGCAAGAAACUAAAAUAAUGGGCAAUUUAUUGCCAAGUAGAGCGCUGCAUGGGACAUUUUUAAUCCCACUCCUGUCCUGCCCUGCAACCCACUCCCACCUGGUCCUGCAUUUUCUUGCAUUUUUAUCCUGCUUCUAUCCACAAAAAUCUUAGAUCCUGCAAGAGAGAUUCCCUGCUGUUACUAAAAAAAAAAAAAAGUUUUUAUAUUAUAUGUAAAAGCAUUCAAACACAAUUUUUCCUGCUGCAGGGCUCUGCUUUAAUUAAUUUUGAACUUGUCAUUGACAUUAGAAAGCUGUUUAUACCUUAACUCAGGUUAGCUCUAAACCUAAGUGUGAUGCACCUAUGCUAUGAAUACUUAUUCUGAUGCUGUAAAAUGUACAGCUGGGCCUUAGUGUGUUUUGAAAAAAGGAGUAUGGCAGAUUCUGUAGCAAUAAAAUUAACUUUGAGCUGAUAGAACAGGGGUGGGCAAACUUUUUGGCCCACUGGCCACAUCUGGAAAUUGUAUGAUGGGCAAUGAAUGCUCAUGAAAUUGGAGGUGUGGGCUGUGGUCAAAAAUGAGUUCAGGGUGCAGGAGCAGGCUCUGGGGAAGGGGGAUUAGGGGUGCAGGUUCCAGGUGGCGCUUACCUCAUGCAGCUCCUGGAAGCAGCGGCAUGUUCCUCCUCUGGCUCCUACACAGGGGGGCAGUCAGAUGGCUCUGUGCACUGACCUGGCUGUAGCCCCUGCCUCUGCAGCUCCCAUUGGCCAUGGUUGCAGGGGCAGCAUGUGGAGACCCCUGGUUGCCCCUAUGUGUAGGAGUUGGAGGGUGAACAUGCCUCUGCUUCUGGGAGCUGUGGCAUAUGCAGAGCAGGGCAAGACCCUAACCCUGGUGGGACUGUAAGGGCUGGAUUAAAACAUCUGAAGGGUUGGAUGUGGCCCCUGGGCUGUAGUUUGCCCACCCCUGUGAUAUAAAGGAUACUUGGGAACUUGUAUCCAGUGAAUACUAUCAGAGGAGUGGGGGUAGGUGGGCUGCACCUCACAUUGCUUGCCAUAGGAAACUUGGAUAUGGAUAUUUGAGGGGAAUGACUGGGCCUAUCUAGUUUAAGUGAAGCCUCAAAUCAGGAUGUAGUAAAAGUAACUUGUUUUUUUCAAAAUGUAUCUCCCCUGAAAAAAAGGGUAAACUAAUACAAUCAUUUCUAAUUCAAAUGUUAAUACUUCUCAAAAGAUAUCAAUGUUGCCAAAAUCAAAACUUACUCAUGGACUAACUUUGGAGCAACUUGAAAUAUGUUCAGUGAAUGUUACUGGCAUACCUCUUUUCUUAAUGUUUCAUUUUCUGAUUCUUGCACCCAUCUUGCCAUGCAACAUCUAAAAGAAUGUUACUCAAUAAAAUUAAGUAAAAACCCUAAUAAA